AUGAGGCGAAUGACGUAUGCAGAGGCAGCUGCUGCUGCUGCAGCCGAUACCCAGCAGCAGCAGCAACAACCACAAGAGCAGCAGCAGCCGCAGCAGCAGCAGCAGCAGCAGCAGCAGCAGCAGCAGACCUCAACAGGCACAAGCCCCUCGCUCUGCAGCGCCGCUUCCUCCCCUGCUGAGGCUGAAGGGUACAAGGGGGCCCCCGCGAUCAGCAACAGCUCCCUGAGCUGCCCCUCCUCUCCCCCCCGCUCAGAUACAGGAGCAGCAGCAGCAGCAGCAGGAGCAGCAGCAGCAGCAGCAGCAGCAGCAAGAGCCAGAGAGCAAGUGGGGGCCCACCCCGGUACAGUGAAGCUGCUGCGGGAGCAGUUCGAGCGGCAGGCAUCUGAGGGCAGCCUCUCCAGCCUGCUGCGGCUGCGGCUGGGGUCAGGGGCCCCCCUAGCAGCAGCAGCAGCAGCAGCAGCAGCACGUCCCCCCAGCACCCCACCAGCAGCAGCAGCCCCACCCUCAGCACCAUCAGCAGCAGCAGCAGCAGCAGCAGCAGCAGCAGAAGAUGCAUGCAGCAGCGGAGCAGAGGAGGGGAAGCAAGGAGAGCAGCUGCCUGACGCCCAGUCUUGCGUCGAGUUUAUACAGCAGCUGCUGCAGGAGAAGCAGCAGCUGCAGCAGCAGCUUAAUUCUUUAUGGAGCCAGAAGGAGGCAUUUCGUUGUGCUAAUGAACGCAUGUCAAGGGCCUUGCUGCAGCAGCAGCAGCAGCAGCAGCAGCAACAGCAGCAACUGCUGCAGCAAGCUGCUGCUGCAGCAGCAGCAGCAGAAGCUGUAGGAGCAACACCCAGAAAGGGCCUCGUCUCCCGCCGCAGCGUCACCGUCGUACCCUCUGGUUGCCUAACAGCUAGGGCCCCCCUGGGGCCCCUAUGGGAGGGGGGCCCCCUAGGGGCCUCCACAGCAUCUCAGGGGGCCCCCAGCCCCCCUUCAUGGUCCCCUGAAGCUGCAGCUGCAGCGGGGGCCCCUGCUGCUGCGGGUAAGGAGCCGCAUCGCCAGCUGACGCUGCAGCUGCAGCACCCAGCUGCACCCGGUAAGCCCCCGCCUCUGAUGCUGCCUUCACUGCAGCAGCAGCAGCAGCAACAGCAGCAGCAGCAGCAGCAGCAACAGCAGCAGCAGCAGAAGCAGAAGUCACGUCUACCAGGCAUACCCGGUAUAGCCCCCCUGAACCUCUCGGCUUUGCAGCGUCCUGGGAGUGGAUCUGUUGGGGGCCCCCCGCCAUGUGGGGGCCCCUCUAAUGAGGGUACUGGUGGGGGGGCCCCCCUGAGGGGCCUCGGGGGGGCCCCCCAGCGGGGGGGCCCCCCCACCAGUACCCUCAGCAGAAGACCCUGGGGAGCGGGGUCACAGACAUGCAGGGCCUCGCUUGCAUGCACAGCUCUGAAGACACCGCGACGGAGGUUUGGUGAUGGGGGAAUAUCGUCGAGGGCCUCUGCUGGGGGCUGGCAGCGCAGGGGGUGGGGGGGGCAGCAGCAGCAGCAGCAGCAGGAGCAGCAGCAGGAGCAGCAGCAGCAUCGAGCUAUUGAAGAGGCGUUAGUUGCAUCGCUUAGAUCCAUGAAUAUGCUAGGAAGCUUUAAUUUGGGGCCCAGUAGCAGCAGCAGCAAAGCUGCAGCAGCAGCUGCUGCUGCUGCUGCUGCUGCUGCACCAUGGGAUACAUCGCCUGAAGCAGCUCUUACACGCUGCAGCAGCAGCCCGGAGAGGGGGUACUGGCAUUCUACAUUUCUCUGUGUGCUGAAGGUAGAGGGAACGGACUUCUUUCUUGAUGUGCUGCAGCCGCAGCAGCAGCAGCAGCAGCAGCAGCAGCAGCAGCAGCGGCGGCGUUUGCGCAGCGCCAGCAGCUUCCUUAGCAGCACUGCAGCAGCAACAGAUGCUGCAGCAGAAACACGCGGACUCGAAGGGGCAAGAGUCAUAGCUUCAAAGGAAACAGCAGCAGUUCUGCUGCAGCAGCUGUGCUGCAUAUAG